UAACCGCAUGAAAAAGAGUGCCAGCGGGUCGUGCUAGUAUUCAUACAAAACUUGUGAGAACUAGUAGGCUGAACAGUGCUUUAGUUCUUCGAGUUAAUCACCACCACUUGGCAUCAUGUACAAGGGGAUCUUGUGCAUAUCGAUUGCCCUGUGUUUGUUUUACAGUGUAUCAGCUGUCAGAGGCCCACCUGGACCACCGGGUGAGCCUGCUGACAAUAUCGGACCUGCUGGUCCCGUUGGUCCACCAGGGGACCCUGGAAGUUCUGGAUUAGAUGGAAGUGAUGGAAAAGAUGGAGAUGUAGGCAGAAAGGGUGUUCCUGGUAGACCCGGACCUCAAGGCCAAGCCGGAACUCCAGGACCUCCUGCUAUUCUCCCAGCUGGAUUUUUUGACUCAAAAGGGCCUUCGCCCGAACUAAGUGGCAUAAAGGGAGACAGGGGCGAGCCAGGCCUGUCUGGACAAAUAGGACCUCCUGGACCAGCGGGAAACCCUGGACAUCCAGGAGAGGGGGGAAUGAAGGGAGAUGCAGGAAUGGCAGGUGACAACGGCCAAAAGGGACAUCCAGGAUAUCCAGGCCCACCUGGAGAGACUGGUGACAUUGGCCAACCGGGAGUACAAGGCCCUCCUGGAAGCCCGGGACCAAGAGGUCGCGGAGGUCCUGCUGGGUUCAAGGGUCCAACUGGACCAAAAGGAGCCGAGGGACCAACUGGACAAAGGGGACCUGUUGGACCAAAAGGGCAGAAAGGAUCAGAUGGCAAUGUUGGACCAAGUGGAGCCCAAGGAGCGCUGGGUACUCCAGGUGAAGCAGGUUCUCCUGGAGCUCAGGGCGAGCUGGGAGAUCCUAAUAGGAGCCUCAGGCUCUCCUGGUAGGGAUGGGGCCCCUGGUAAAGAUGGAAAUCCUGGUCUUCCUGGAGACGUGGGACCAACAGGAACUGAAGGUGGACGUGGACCAAUUGGCCCCCCUGGAACCCCUGGAGUAACGGGCCCAGGUGGAAUGGCAGGACCAAAAGGGCUGCAGGGAGAAGAGGGGGCACAGGGAAAACGAGGACAGAAGGGAUCUGCUGGUCAUCAAGGUCCACAGAGAAUCCACUCGAUUAUUUCCAAUAGGGUGGUAGGGGACACCAAGGUGCUCCAGGCUCUGCUGGUGAGCCUGGUCCACAAGGAGAUCAGGGCCCACUUGGUCCUCAAGACGGACGACCGGGCGCUGCAGGGAUACCGGGAAAACCUGGCACAACCGGACCGCCUGGUCUACCGGGUCAUCACGGUCAAGAUGGAGAGCAGGGCGAGCCUGGACAGGCAGGUGCAACUGGGAGUCAAGGAAAGAAUGGGAGACCGGGAAGAUCUGGGGCCACCUGGAGACGAUGGGGAUCAGGGACCGACAGGAGAUGCUGGAUCACAGGGACCCCCUGGACCAAAAGGACCGCCUGGAUCAUCAGGAGAGAGGGGUGAGUCCGGUGCAUCUGGAACUCCCGGUUUACCUGGCAUUGCUGGAUCAUCCGGGCCAAAAGGGGUUACCGGUGAACCAGGAUCAAAGGGACCUGAUGGCGAAAGAGGUCAAUCAGGACUGUCGGGUCCUCCUGGACCUCAAGGCGUAGUUGGAGACCAGGGAGAUGUUGGACCCCCAGGGCAAGUUGGAGCUGACGGCCCACAGGGAUUCCCUGUCCGCAAGGAGAGAGUGGAGAUCGAGGGCAGCCAGGAGCUGCUGGCGAGAGAGGAGAGUCUGGAGAACCGGGAAGAACUGGUCCACAAGGCUCCCAGGGAGAGUCAGGAGAUGACGGACCUCAGGGUGCACAAGGAGAAACGGGACCACCCGGGCACACUGGAUUUCAAGGAGAACCCGGACCGAGAGGUCAGGGAGGAGACCCUGGAGAUGCUGGAAAUCCAGGAAGACAGGGCUUUAAGGGGCCGCAAGGUCCCGCAGGAGAGCAGGGUCUCCCUGGUUCACCGGGAGACCAAGGACCACCAGGACCGCAAGGACAAACUGGACAGAGAGGGUCGGUGGGACCACUCGGUCCACAGGGACCUGCCGGCUCAGCAGGGUCACCUGGAACACCGGGGGAUGUUGGUUUGCCUGGACUUCCUGGUGCACAAGGUCGUACUGGUGACAGAGGAGAGCAAGGUCCUCGGGGAGAAGAUGGAAGCACUGGGACCAGUAGGUGCAGCUGGGGCCGAUGGUGACCCAGGCCCGCAAGCUAGUCACGGGGAUCCUGGUGAACAUGGAGAUAUUGGAAACCAAGGAGCUCCCGGACUAACUGGUCCAAAUGGUCCAAUUGGACUACCGGGAAUGAGAGGUGCGGAUGGUGUGGUGGGGGAUGACGGAGCGGGAGUUACUGGGCCUGCAGGACCUAUUGGCGAGCCAGGAGAAGCUGGAACCGACGGGUCAAAGGGAAGCACUGGUCAUGAUGGACAACCGGUAAAGGAAGAAAUGGAAGCCCUGGUUCCCCUGGUGCUCCUGGAGCAAGAGGACCAACAGGACUACCCGGUACAGUAG